CCUUUUACUUCCCGAGGGAGUGACGUCCACAUUCUCCAGUCUUGCUGCAGAGCGGGUUUGAGCUUGUCCAACCGUAGCGCAGGGAGAGAAGCGAUAGCGCCGGAGAGGGUGGAACGCAUAGACCAGCAGUGCUAAACAUCCGUGUUAUUUAUUUUGUUUCUUCUCUCCCCACCCCCGCCCGCACAUCGCACUCCGUUUGCGCACGCGCAGAAGGAAGGAGGCGCGCGCGAGCGAGAGAGCGUGUGCGAGGAGGAGGGGAGGGGGAGAAGGUCUGAGGUUUCGCCUGCCGGCUUCGCUCUCUCGCCUGCUCUGCCGGUGGGGGAGGGGCGCCGUCCACCCGCCUUCCCGCCAUUUUUCUUGUGAGGCGAUGGCGCCUCUGCUGGGCCGAAAGCCCUUUCCGUUGGCCAAACCGUUGCCGCCAUCGGGGGGAGAGAAAACUGAGGGACAAGAGGCGGCGACGACGACGACCGAAGAGGAGAGGCAGCCGGAGCCUCGCUUCGUCAUCCCCCACACGCAGGAGGUCUUCCGCACCAGCGAAGAGUAUGAAGCACGGCUGGAGAAAUAUAACCAACGAAUAUGGACCUGCAAAAGCACAGGAAGCAGUCAGCUGACACACAAGGAAGCCUGGGAGGAAGAGCAGGAAGUUGCAGAGCUCUUGAAGGAGGAAUUCCCAGUUUGGUACGAGAAACUUGUCUUGGAAAUGGUCCACCAUAAUACAAUCUCUUUAGAAAAGUUGGUAGACACUGCCUGGCUGGAGAUUAUGACCAAGUUUGCUGUAGGAGAAGAGUGUGACUUUGAGGUUGGGAAGGACAAGAUUCUGCGGGUGAAGGUGGUGAAAAUACAUCCUCUGGAAAAGGUGACAGAAGAGGAAGCUGCUGAGAAGAAAGCCAAUGGAGCUUGUGAUUCACCCUCCAGUGAUAAAGAGAAUUCUAGCCAGGUAGUUCAGGACAACCAAAAGGAGCUGGCCUUGAAGGAAGACGAGAACAGGAGAGAGAGCCUGAGUGACCGUGCACGCAGGUCUCCACGGAAAUUGCCUACAUCUCUGAAGAAGGAAGAGAAGAAAUGGGUUCCUCCAAAGUUCUUGCCUCACAAAUAUGAUGUCAAGUUGCAAAAUGAAGACAAGAUCAUCAGCAAUGUGCCAGUGGACAGCUUAAUUCGUACUGAGCGGCCACCAAACAAGGAGAUCCUGCGUUAUUUCAUCCGCCACAAUGCACUUCGGGCUGGGAUGGGUGAGAAUGCCCCCUGGGUGGUUGAGGAUGAAUUGGUGAAGAAAUACUCCCUUCCCAGCAAGUUUAGCGACUUCUUGCUUGACCCACAUAAGUACCUAACUCUGAAUCCUUCAACCAAGAGGAAGAGCUCUGCAUCAGGUGAUCAGAAGGCUUCCAAAAAACCGAAAUUAGAUGGCUCUUCUCCAGGCCAGGGAUUGAAUCCUUCGCUGUGGUGCAGCGUGCAGUUAAAGAAGUCUGAUAUGGGCUCCCUGCUGAAAAUGAAGAACUUCAAAACCCCCAAAUCCCCUGCAGAGGAGUUAGAGGAGAUGAUGCAAAUGAUGUCAUCUGGUAACUUCAGCAGGAAGCGGCUGGGGAAGUCCUUGGAUCCAAAGCAGAGAAAUAAAAAGCUAUUGAAUGGGCAGAAGUCUUCAGGGAAGCCCAGAUCCCCCAAGAAGGACUCCAAGAUGAAAAUGAAGCAGAUGACAUUGCUGGACAUGACAAAGGGCACCCCCAAGGUAUCAAGAGCACCAAGGAGUUCGGGGGGAACUCCCAGGUCCUCCAGUAAACCCCCAAAGCACCUCCCACCGGCAGCACUCCACCUCAUUGCCUACUACAAGGAGAACAAAGACCGUGAGGACAAGAAAAGUGCCCUUUCCUGCAUCAUUUCCAAGACUGCUCGGCUGCUCUCCAGCGAGGAUCGUGCCCGACUUCCUGAGGAGUUGCGGGGUAUUGUGCAAAAGCGCUAUGAACUGCUGGAGCACAGGAAAAAAUGGGCCUCCAUGACUGAGGAGCAGCGAAAGGAAUACAUGAAGAAGAAGCGGGAGAAGCUGAAGGAGAAGCUGAAGGAGCGAGCCAAAGAGCGGCGGGAGAAGGAGAUGAUGGAGAAGCUGGAGAAGCAGAAGCGCUACGAAGACCAGGACCUCAAAGGGAAGAACCUGCCUACCUUUAAACUAGUGGAUACACCAGAAGGUCUCCCCAAUACCCUCUUUGGGGAUGUGGCCAUGGUGGUAGAAUUCCUCAGCUGCUAUUCAGGGCUCCUGCUGCCAGAUGCUCAGUACCCCAUUACUGCAGUCUCUCUCAUGGAAGCUCUUUGUGCAGAGAAGGGAGGAUUUUUGUACUUGAACAGAAUUCUGGUCAUUCUGUUGCAGACCCUUCUGCAAGAUGAGAUUGCAGAAGACUACCGUGAAUUGGGGAUGAAGCUGUCAGAGAUCCCCCUCACUUUGCAUUCAGUUUCUGAGCUGGUGCGUCUUUGUCUCCGUAAGUCAGACGUGCAGGAGGAAAGUGUUGCUUCAGAGCUCGCGGAGGAGAACAAAGACCUGGCGGCCUUUGAGGACAACGAAGUGCAGGAUGAGUUCUUGGAAAAACUGGAGACCUCAGAAUUUUUUGACCUGAGCUCUGAGGAGAAGCUGCAGAUCCUGGCUGCACUCUGUCACCGGAUCCUAAUGACCUACUCGGUGCAGGAUCACGUGGAAGCAAAACAGCAGAUGUCGGCUGAGCUGUGGAAAGAGCGGCUGGCGAUGCUGAAGGAGGAGAACGACAAGAAAAGGGCAGAGAAGCAGAAGCGGAAAGAGAUGGUGGCCAAGAACAAGGAGAAUGGGAAGGAGGAGAAUGGCCUGGGCAAGGGGGAGAAGAAGAAAGUGGAAGGGGAGAAAGCAGUCAAGGCAGAACAGCGAGCAGAGAUUGAAGCUGAGGACAUGAUCAGUGCUGUCAAAAGCAGGAGGCUGCUGGCCAUCCAGGCCAAGAAAGAGAAGGAGCAGCAGGAGAUUCAGAUGAGAGUGAAACUUGAAAAAGAAGCAGAAGAAGAGAGAAUCCGCAAGCAUAAAGCUGCAGCUGAGAAGGCUUUUCAGGAUGGCAUUGCCAAAGCCAAGCUGGUGAUGCGCAGGACGCCGAUAGGCACAGACCGUAACCACAACAGGUACUGGCUCUUCUCUGAUGAGGUUCCUGGUUUAUUCAUAGAGAAAGGUUGGGUACAUGAUGGUAUAGACUAUAGUUUCACACCUCCCUCUGUGGAGGAGGAGGAAGAAGAGGGGGAUGAAGACGAGGAAGAUGAUGAUUACCAACAAGAUAUGCAGGAGUCCCUGGUGGAAGGCAGUGUAUUGAAUGUUCCGCAUUCUGUAACCUUGCAUGUCCCAGAAGUUCCCAUUGAGACUACCAUCCCCAAACAGGGACAGAAUCUAUGGUUUCUCUGCGACACCCAGAAAGAACUGGAUGAGCUCCUUGAUUGUUUGCAUCCACAGGGUAUCAGAGAGAGCCAGUUGAAAGAACGGCUGCAGAAAAGGUAUCAAGACAUCACGCAUUCCAUGCACUUGGCUCGGAAACAGAACCUUGGCUUGAAGUCCUGUGAUGGCAACCACGAAUUGCUGAAUUUUCUGCGCAGUGACCUAAUCGAAGUUGCUACACGACUGCAGAAAGGGGGCCUAGGAUACACCAAUGAAGCAGAGUUUGAAGCCAGGGUUUGCUCAUUGGAAAAUCUGAAGGACUUCGGGGAGUGUGUGAUUGACCUUCAGGCCAGCGUCAUUAAGAAGUUCUUGCAAGGCUUCAUGGCACCCAAGCAGAAGAGGAGGAAGCAUCAAGGGGAAGACUCUGUUUCCAAGGCUGAGGAGGUUGAUGAGGAAAAGAGAGUGGCGGAAGAAGCCAAGGUUGCUUCAGCUGUGGAGAAGUGGAAGAUUGCAAUCCGUGAGGCACAGACCGUCUCGCGGAUGCACGUGCUACUUGGCAUGCUGGAUGCCUGCAUCAAGUGGGACAUGUCGGCGGAGAAUGCCCGAUGCAAAGUGUGUCGAAAGAAGGGUGAGGACGACAAGCUCAUUUUGUGCGACGAGUGCAACAAAGCCUUCCAUCUCUUCUGCCUGAGGCCAGCCCUGUAUGAGAUCCCGGACGGGGAGUGGCAGUGCCCUGCUUGCCAGCCUUCUGUUGCCAGGCGCAGUUCCAGGGGCAGAAACUAUGCAGAAGACUCAGUAGAAGAAGAGAGUGAAGCUGGUGAAGAAGAAACUGAGGAAGAGGAUGAUGAUGAAGGGGAGGAGGAAGAAGAGGAAGACUAUGAAGUUACUGGGCCAAGAUUAAGACCCCGGAAAGCAGCCAAGGGAAGGCAGGGUGGCACAGCGGCAGACCCUUUAAGGCGAGGCCGACAUCAAGGGAAGAGGCGGGCACUGCAUGCCACCCGAGCAUCCCGGCAGCGGGCCGCACCUGUUGGCGAAGUAGACAUUGACGAGCUGGUGCUUCAGACUAAAAAGAUGUCACGCCGGCAGACCCUGGAGAUGCAGAAGUGUGAGGAAAUCCUCACCAAACUUAUCAAGUAUCGCUUCAGCUGGCCUUUCAGGGAGCCGGUGACCACAGAAGAAGCAGAAGAUUAUUUUGAUGUGAUCAGCAACCCCAUGGACUUCCAGACCAUGCAAAGCAAAUGUUCGUGUGGUAGCUACAGGUCCGUGCAAGAUUUCCUCUCUGACAUCAAACAAGUCUUUGCCAACGCCGAGCAAUACAACCAGAAUGGCAGCCACAUUCUCUCCUGCCUGGAGAAGACAGAACAGUGCUUGAUAGACAUGUUGCACAAGCAUCUGCCUGGCCACACGUACUCGCGCCGGAAGCGCAAGCGGCCCUCAGCCCAGUCCAGCCAGGGACUAGAUGAAGCCGAAGGGGACAGCGAGCUGGAGGCGAUGGAAUACUCCAGGGGACGGAAGAGGAAGAAAUGAGGGGCCAAGUGACGGGACGCAGUUGGAGCAGGCCUGUCCAAGCUGCAGCAGGAUCAGCUGCCCAAAGGGAGGAGGAGGCAGGUGGGGAGCUGUCCAGCCUCAGCCUGGCCCCCUUUUCCUUCCCUCCUGGCUAGCUCUAGCUUCUUACCUUUUCCGCAACUUCCUGAAGCCCUCAAGAUAAAGGGGUGGCUUUGUUCUUCCUCAACCAUGCACAGAUUUGUAGCCAUUUAAGCGGGGGCUGCGGGCGGGCAGAGCCAGCUCUGGUCUGUGAGCAGAUGAGGGUGUCCUUUGCACCAGAGCUGCCUCCGACCUCCCCACACCGCUUCUGCUCUUCGAGACUAGGAACGAGAGCAGGCUACUCGAUGGUCUGACUUAAGAGCCCCACCCACCCUCAAAGAGGAAACCGCCUCCUUGAACGGGCAAGCACUUACCUGUCUAGGGCAAUCACCUUUCACCAGCAUCAUGUUAAGAGACCAGCAUUUGCGGGGGAGCUUGUCUGUCUCUUGGACAUCAAGGGGAUCUUUCCUUCCUUCUCCUACCCCUCCCCACUGGCCCAGGCACAAAGCGAGGAGCCUGGCACCCCCCUGCAGCAUUCGGAGGAAGACAAAAACUGGGCCUCUGUAACUUUGUAACCCCUUUUUGUAGUUAAAGACUCUCGUUUCUGGCAGUGACCUUGUACAAAUGCCUUGUAAGAUACAGUCGUCUUGGCUUUGACAUGUACUGUACAGUUUAUAUGAGAAUGUUUGCUUUAUAUUUGGCCCCCUCUCUAAACCACUUUUUUCCCCUUAGAGUAGCUGGAGUUGGCCCAGAGAAGCUGUCAGCUUUGUACACUUUGUAGACUUGCUCUUGUCUCCUUUUCUAGUGAUUCCUCUUCUAGCUCACCUCUUCCAGCCCAUGGACCCCCAUCUUCCUCAAGGGAGGGCUUGAAGGUUCACAGUAACCCCCCCCCCUCCGUUUGGAGAAGUGAUGUUUCUGGGACCUCUUGGAGUGGUCCCUCAGCAGGCAGUGCCUCCUAAAUGAGAAUUUUUCUUCCCCCCCUCCCCCACUUUAAUUGAAGUUUUUCUGUUGGGCCUUCUCCAUUUCAAGAAUUCCCCUUUUUUAUAAACAAAAAAAUAAUAAUCUGAGGCUGGGAGAUAGGGACAGAAGCACACCGUCUCUUCAUGUCAGAAGGCCCCUGCCAGUUCCACUUCUGUGUGCUGCUGAUUGGCCCAGUGUAACAUUUGGGUCUUUCCUUGGAGUCUCUUUUCUGGCUCGUUCUAAGGGUGAGAGCAGCCAGCCCGCAGCUUCCUUUCACACCACCACAGGUGGGAGGGGGUGGGGUCUAGCACUGAUGUUCCUAAACAGCGACAUGCCUUUUUUUUUCCUGCCCCCACCCCCUUUUUUUUGUUUUGUCAAAUGUUUUAGGCAACUCCUACACAGUGGAACUUUUGGACUACAUUUUUUUUUAAAGGUUGUUGUUUGUGGGGAGGGGGGUGGGGAUUCUGCCAAGGGCUGUACUUGUAAUAAAUCGGAAGUAUAAAAGCGAAGUGGAUUCA